ACCAGAUAGCGUGCUUGGCUAAAAUUGAGGCCAGUACAUGUUUGUAAAAAAAAUUCGAUUAUUGAGAUGGAUCGUUAUGAAAAAUUAACAAGAAUUGGAGAAGGUGCAUAUGGUGUUGUAUUUAAAUGUCGUCAUCGUGAUACUGGAGAUAUAGUUGCUAUUAAAAAAUUCACUGACUCUGAAGAAGAUCCAGUAAUACAUAGAAUUGCAAUGCGAGAAAUUCGUACAUUAAAACAAUUAAAACAUCCAAAUCUGAUCAAUCUAAUUGAAGUUUUCAAACGUAAACGUCGAUUGCAUUUGGUGUUUCAGUAUGUUGAUCAUACAUUAUUACAUGAAUUGGAGAAACAUACUAAAGGGUUGGAUAGAUUACAAAUCCGAAAAUUAACAUAUCAAUUAUUACAAGCAGUGAAUUUCUGUCAUGCACAUAACUGCAUUCACCGUGAUGUUAAACCAGAGAAUAUACUUAUUACAAAAUCUGGUCAGUUAAAGUUAUGUGAUUUCGGUUUUGCAAGAUUAUUAACUGGACCAGGUGAUGAAUAUACUGAUUAUGUGGCAACACGAUGGUAUAGAGCACCAGAAUUACUCGUUGGUGAUACACAAUAUGGUACACCAGUAGAUAUAUGGGCUAUUGGAUGUGUUGUUGCUGAAAUGUUGACUUCUCUACCACUAUGGCCUGGUCGAUCAGAUUUAGAUCAAUUGCACUUGAUUACACAAACAUUGGGUGAUUUGGUACCACGUCAUAGAGAAAUUUUUGAGAAAAAUUGUUUUUUUAAAGGUUAUAAAUUAAUUGUUCCCGAAAAUCGAAAAGAUUUGAGUGAGAAAUUCACUUCGUUACAACCGCCAAUUACUUCGAAAGAAUUAAAUUUUUUACAGAGCUGUCUAAGCAUGGAUCCUACAGAACGACUUAAUAGUGAGUCAUUAUUAAAACAUCCAUACAUGGAAAUGCACGGAAGACAUCCACAAUAUUAUCAUGGUGAAUUAAAACAAGUAUAUAGUUCAUGUGGAGAUGGUUAUAAUAAUCAUGGAAUGAAAAAAAAAUCUGAACGUAAUUUCCCUCAAAAUUCACAAAAUAAACCAGUUAUGAUUAAUCAAAUUAGUACCGGGACAAUGAUCCCAAGACGUAAAUAUCAACAACAGCAAAUUCCACAACAGUCUACUGAUCGAAAUCAAACAACUGGUACACCACAAAAUGAGACCAAUUCAAUUUCACCGACAUUUUUCCCUCCAACUAGUAGUAUUACACCAAGUUUUAAUGCUGGUCGAACAAAUUGGUUUGUUCCAGGAAUUGUUGGUCAAAGUCUAUAUAAUCCAUCGCAAAUAGGAUUGCCUGCUCUGCCAACCAAUCCACAUUUACAACCAAUCCCAGUAACGACUACCUCUACAACAUCAAACAAUAAUCCUCAAUCAAUGAUGAUGGUAACAGGUAAUCAAAAAUCUAAUUUAGGAUGGAAAUAUACUAAAUCCAAUCAAAUGAUUAUAGCAUCAACAAACAAUAAUAAUUCAAUCCCGUAUUUCCCAAAUCCGGACAGUAAUAAUAACAAUAAUAAUAAUAUAGACAAUGGGCAUAAUUCUAACGAUACAAACGUUACAAACAAUACACUUCAAUCAAAUUUAACUGGAUUACACCUACCAAAUAUAUAAAAUAAAAAACAGCGUCUUUUCCUCUACACUUUACCUCUCCCUCUCUCCAACACAAAUUUAGUGUAAAUGUGUUACAUAUAUGGUUAGUAGUAGUAAUUAGUAAAUUAUCUAACUACAUUGAAUCACUGAUGUUUUCAUUUCCCUCUUUCUAUAUUAUCUUACAAUAUAGACCCUUAUCAAAGAUUAUCCUUCCUAUUGAUUAUAAUGAAAGAAAUUGUAUAUAAACUUAAACAAAUAAUAAUUAUUUAUAAUUAUCUCUUUAUUAAAAUCACUUUCAUAC